CGAUAGGCGCAUGCGUGGUAGAAAAGCGUAAAUUCAAUCUGAGCAGCAGUGUCUGAAACAUUAUGCUUGAAACAUGACCAAGAUAUUAACCUUUUUGACGGUAACAGUAACCCUGUUUUCAGCUGAAGUGCUACAUGGCCUGUCAUACAGUUACUAUCAGUCAGGAAAACACAAUGGAUCCAGGGGAGACCCCCCGUUCUCAGAGAAGUAUUUCAUUCAGACUCUGGACCAUUUCAACUUCAACAGCAUGGGCAAUGGGACAUUCAGUCAGCGUUACCUGAUCACAGAUAAGUAUUGGAAUAAAGGCCAUGGCCCUAUUUUCUUCUACACUGGCAACGAGGGUGACAUAUGGGAGUUUGCGCUGAACUCUGGAUUCAUCACAGAGCUGGCUGCACAGCAGAGAGCCCUGGUCAUAUUUGCUGAACAUAGAUACUAUGGCAAAUCACUGCCGUUUGGCAGCGACUCCUUCAAGAUCCCUGAGAUCGGCCUGCUAACAGUGGAGCAGGCCCUCGCUGACUACGCUGUCAUGAUCACUGAGCUGAAACAGCAGCUGGCAGCCACAGACUGUCCUGUCAUUGUAUUUGGUGGCAGUUAUGGCGGGAUGCUGUCAGUCUACAUGAGAAUUAAGUAUCCAAACAUUGUGGCUGGAGCUCUGGCUGCCAGUGCCCCCAUACUCUCCACUGCUGGGCUGGGAGACUCCAGGCAGUUUUUCAGAGAUGUUACAGCUGAUUUUGAGAAUGUAGCUCCUCAGUGCAGAGAUGCUGUAAGAGGAGCUUUCCAUCAGCUGAAAGAACUAGCCGAACACCAAGAUUAUAUUCGCAUCCAGUCAGAGCUGUCCUUGUGUAAACCUCCAUCAUCUGCUCAGGACAUCCACCAGCUGAACGGCCUGCUGAGGAAUGCUUUCACCCUGAUGGCCAUGCUGGAUUACCCCUACAGCACUCACUUCAUGGGCAACAUGCCUGCCAACCCUGUUAAGGUGGCAUGUGAAACCAUGCUGAGUGGACCUGACCUGCUCACUAACCUCAGGAACACUGCAGCGAUUGUGUACAACGCUACUGGACUGCUGGCCUGUUUUGACCUGUACAGUCUGUAUUUGGAGUGUGCUGAUCCCACCGGAUGUGGACUGGGCUUUGACAGCCUGGCCUGGGACUAUCAGGCAUGCACAGAGAUUAAUCUGUGCUAUGAGAGCAACAAUGUGACGGACAUGUUUCCUCCGAUGGCCUUCACCGAGAGAGACCGCGAGCUUUACUGCGCCAAACGCUGGGCUGUGGUUCCACGACCAGACUGGCUCAAAACCCAAUUCUGGGGUGGCGCCCUGUCUUCAACCAGCAACAUCAUUUUCUCCAAUGGGGACCUGGACCCAUGGGCAAACGGAGGGGUGCGCAAGUCCUUGAGCUCAUCACUAAUAGCUGUCAACAUUUCUGGAGGAGCCCAUCAUCUGGAUCUGAGAGGAUCUAAUGAUGCUGAUCCAGUGUCAGUAAUCACUGCCAGGAAGACAGAAGCAGACCUUAUUGCUCAGUGGGUGAAGAUGGAGAGGACCAGAUUAACGCGGUCACCUUAAACUCCAGGUUCAGUUUGUUUGAGGACUUGCAUAAAAUUAUUUCCUGUCAAAAUUUUACAUCAUUUCUAAGAUCACUGUAGUAGAAUUCAGGUUAACUUAAAAGGUGUACAGAAAACAUUGAAAUCAGUGAGUCCACUUAUGUGUCCCAGUGCCAGUCAGCACAUUCACUGUAGUGACUGAGUCUGUCACUGGGAAAAGUAUUGCCUCACAACAAAAUGCUCGGCAGGAAUGGAGGAGCUGUUCACAGCUGAGGAAAAUGAAAAGUAAUCACUGACAGGGUUGGGACAGCUCCAAGAAAAUAAAGAGACAUUUACUUAUUUCAUCACUAGGCCUUUGGUUAGAUGAUCCAUGGAGCUGCCAGCUGUCCCAUCAUUCUCCUUGUUAAGGCUUCACCUCUCAUAGGCUGAAUUCAAAAGUUCAGACUUCACCAAUCUUGCUCUUUCCAGGAAGGCAGUGAGUGCCAAGACUCAAGACUUGGUGUAGGUUUCCAGAGAGUCUGUUUGGGAGGCAGAUUUCACUGAUAUAAUUACCCACAAUUCAGUGCAACCAUGUAGGCCAAAUCUAAAGAAAGAGAAAUACUUUAUGUAGGUGUACAGACUAUAGAAGUCAUCAAAAUUCAUUUCAUUAUUGUAGACCUGUUUAUCAGCAGCUUCUGCAGCCUUGUAGUCUUGUGCCCUCUCAGACUUAACGUGAUGACAGUGAACAUGUCACAGUGCAUACAAAUGAAUUCUGCGAGGCCUUAGACCGCAAAUCCAGAGGGUGGACAUUUGGAUUCAGUCGUAGAAAAUGAAAGGGAGCCAGCAGCUCCACUGACCUCACUGUGUUGUGUUUCCAUCCCAGGACAUACAAAACAUGUACACAAAAGGUACCACCAUUACCAAGGUACUGCAAGCUUUUGUACCGAGUCAAUGAUCAACACAAAUGUUCUGUUUCUGUUCAAUAAAAUCUCUUUAAUUUCUCUGGUUUUCUUUACAAAAAU